AUGUCGACGACGAGAUUGCCGAACAUUCCAUCUCUUCGGAGAUACCAAUUGAUUCAGGAGCAUGCGAGCCUGAAACAUGCAGCUCCCCCUGGAGUGUAUGUUAGCCUCAGUCCUGGUGAUCCGUCUCUCUGGUCCUGCGUGAUCUUCGUUCGCUCAGGCCCCUAUGCUUCUGCCAUUCUCCGAUUCCAGAUACGGUUUCCCCCGUCCUACCCCGAUCGACCACCGCUCGUGACAUUCGCUACGGACGUUUUUCAUCCUCUCAUUGUACCUCUCACCACAUAUACCUUCAGCACUGGCGUAUCGAAUGAAGACCCUGUCAGCGCGACGGAUGAGGAACGUUUACCCCCGGGAGGCUUCAGUCUAAGACACGCAUUUCCACAUUGGUUUGGGCGGACGAAACAUGUACCGACAUCAAGGACCGUGAGUUCAAAUGGCUCGAAUGAGGGGCUAGCAGAGACAACAGCUCUCAACAAUUCUUCUCAAGAGACCAAGGAUCCAAGACAACAUGAGGGCGACGAAGGGGAUAACGGAGACAACGGAGAUAAGGGCGAAGAGAGAGAAGAAGCAACGGCUGUUGACACUCCUCCGGCGGAAGUCCCUACUAAAAUGAGGUCAUCAGUCCCUGUCCUGGAGAUCUUGAACUACAUUCGCACCUCGUUCGACGAUGAGACUGUUCUCGAUUCUGUGCCGCUUGAGGCUGCGGGUAACCCAAGUGCAUGGCACGCAUGGAAAGCUCACCGAAAAGAUGCCAACAACAUCGCUGAAACAGAUAACUCCAAACGAGACAACCCCCAGGCGCGACUUCCGGGUGAUUGGCACUGGGAUGGCAUCUGGGCCAGGCGCGUUCAACAUGAAAUAGAAGCGAGUCAAUCGGAUGCGACGCUAUUUGGAAGCGCUUCCCGAGGGCCCGAUGAAAUGAUUCGCUUUCUUCAACUCGACGCUAACACGCUGGAGUCGAUCAAACAGAGGUUUAUUCCUCCCGUGCAGCAGGCGUCGGAAUAA